AUGCUUAUUGCUACAUUUGAAGGGAAAUCGACUAUAGAAGUUUGGCAAAAAAUAGAAAUUUUACAAAAAUUAGAUAGUUCUGCACUUUUUGGAUUAAAUGACGAUUAUACUAAAAAACAAUUAGAAUUACAUGAAUUACCAACAUGUCAAUCUACUGAUUGGACAAAUUUUGAAAUUAUGAAUAGUGGAAUUAUUGAAAUUUGGUCUGUUAUUCAAAAGAUUUAUCCUUCAGAUUAUGAAUUUGAUGAUCGAGAAAUCAGGACCUGGCGUGCAUUUCUUAAAGCUGCAGGAUGUAUUAAUAUUACACUAUUCGAAAAUAAAAUAUCUAAGAAUGAAUUUUGGACAAAAGAAAUAAAUCCUCUACAUGAUCAAGAAACAUUAUAUACUUUAUAUAAAGAUGAUUCAUAUAAAACAAAUAAAAAAGGUGUUGAAGGAAAAAGAAGAAUCUUAUCAAUUAUCGCAGAUGAAUUUUCAUUAAAAGAAUUAAGAUUAAUGAAG